AAUUUUAGAAAAGCAAGAAGAAAAUACUCGUUUACCUUUAUUGAUUAUUUGGACUUUCCAGUAAUAACAUUGCUGUUGGUAACAAUUGAUCAAAUUUCUUCAAUUUUCAAAUUAUUGGAGUGCAUAAAUAAUGUUAAGAAGCCUUCUGCAAAUGUAAAGUGCUUGCACAGAAUCGUAAAUAAUAUAUGGGGAGAAAGUAUAGAAACAAGAUUUUUUGAUACUUUGAUGAACAAAUUUUUAAUUACUGCUGCUGUCUGCUACCUACAAUUUAAAACUGUCUGGAUUAAAAAUGAAGUAAAAAAACAAAUGGCCACCGAGUAUUUAAAAAAUGCCUGUUAUGAGUUGCACCAAAAUAUUAGUGAAAAUGAUUCUAGAGGUUAUGACCAAAUUCAUGAUGAUUUAUCUAGCUUCUUUACCAGGACACAAAAUGUCCAUGAGGAAAAGUCAACAGUUAGUAAUGAAAUUGACAGAUUCUUGGGUACAUCUACAGCAAAAACAUUAGAAUGUUUGCAUAAUUUGCCCACAAUUAAAAAAUUUAUCAUUAAAUACAACACUCUUCUACCAAGCAUAGUAUCAGCUUUUAAUGUUUUUUAGUGUUAGGUGGUGCUACAAUCACUAAAAAAAGACUACCAUGUCUGAUAAACAUUUUGAAUAUAUAUUUUUUAAGUGC